CCUGGGCGCUGCACUCCCCGCCCGAGCAGCGCGCGCGCAGAGGCAGCCACCUCGCCCGGUUUGUGUGGCCGGCUCUCCCAGCCGCAGGCGCUUCACCUGAGCGCGCCGCUCCGUGGACCAGGCUGUGGGGGAGACAAAAGGAGGGCCAGGAAGGAAGUGGUGGCGGGGAGUGCCGGGUCGCGGCUGCCUCAGCCUUAAGCCUCGCCCCCGCCCAAGAACCGGCUUGCGGACCCCCGCUGCUGCCUAGGAAGGAGUGGCGCCGGUACCACCACCAGCAGCAGCAGUCUUAGUGGGGAGGUAGUCCGCUCCAUGGCUGGGUACUGAACCGGGCGGCUGGAGCUGGAGCCCCGAGGAGCCACGCGCCAGCCCGCGCCGCCACCUCUGCGGACCCUUCCUCGGGCUCUCUCUCGGGAUUCUCGCCCCAGCAGCCGGGCGGCGCACGAUGCGCCCUGCUGCUCCCGUCUGAUCGCCAGCCGCGCCGCGAUGAUCGCCCCGGAGCAGCAGCCGCCGCCGCCUAACCAUGUCGUGGCCACCAUCGAGAACCUGCCGCCGGAGGGCAGCGGUGCCGCGGGCGGCAGGAGUGGCAUCUCUGCCCCCUCUUCUGCCAGCCUGCGCCAGAGGAUCCGAAAAGUGUUUAACAGGGAGCUUCUACUGUCUAUAGCUCUUGGACAGGUUCUCUCCCUGCUUAUUUGUGGUAUUGGCUUGACCAGCAAGUAUUUGUCGGAGGAUUUUCACGCCAACACUCCAGUCUUUCAGAGCUUCCUCAACUACAUUCUCCUAUUUUUGGUUUAUACCACAACAUUAGCUGUUAGACAAGGAGAAGAAAACUUAUUGGCAAUCUUGAAACGAAGAUGGUGGAAGUACAUGAUCCUUGGAAUAAUAGAUAUAGAAGCAAAUUACCUGGUAGUUAAAGCUUAUCAAUAUACCACUCUUACUAGUGUACAGCUUCUAGAUUGUUUUGUCAUACCAGUCGUGAUAUUACUUUCUUGGUUCUUCCUGCUGGUGCGGUACAAGGCAGUGCAUUUCAUUGGCAUUGUGGUCUGCAUUUUGGGAAUGGGCUGUAUGGCAGGAGCAGAUGUCCUUGUUGGAAGACAGCUAGGAACAGGAGAAAAUAAGCUUAUAGGGGAUCUUCUCGUGCUUGGCGGAGCAACUCUCUAUGGCAUCUCCAAUGUUUGUGAAGAGUACAUUGUACGGAAUCUGAGUCGAGUGGAGUUUCUAGGCAUGAUUGGACUCUUUGGCUCCUUCUUCAGUGGAAUUCAGCUUGCCAUAAUGGAACACAAGGAGUUGUUAAAAGUGCCCUGGGAUUGGCAGAUAGGGUUGCUGUAUGUUGGCUUUAGUGCCUGUAUGUUUGGCCUCUACAGCUUCAUGCCUGUGGUCAUCAAGAAAACCAGUGCUACAUCAGUCAACCUCUCCCUGCUUACAGCAGACCUGUACAGCCUUUUCUGUGGAUUGUUCCUCUUCCACUACAAGUUUUCAGGACUUUAUCUUCUGUCAUUCUUUACCAUCCUUGUGGGGCUGGUGCUGUAUUCGUCUACGUCCACAUAUGUUGCCCAGGAUCCAAGAGUGUACAAGCAGUUCCGAAAUCCAUCAGGACCUGUUGUAGACUUGCCACCCACUGGGCAGCUGGAACCUUCAGUAACAUACACCAGCCUUGGCCAGGAAAUGGAAGAAGAACCUCAUGUCCGAGUUGCCUAAGCUCAGGCCCUUUCCACUAUUGGUGGAGUUUGUAUCUCCAUUAUCUCUGUUGUUCAUAGAGAAAGGUAUUUAUCGGAUGCAGUGACCCAGGUGGGCUGCAAGGUAGCAAAUAGGGAAGGCUUGUCAAAAUAUGAACUAAAUUGUUUCUAAGUAUGCAAGGCAAAGAUCAGUGACUCUCUGAACUUUUAAAAAGUCAGUGGUUUUCAGACUCUUCUGGGGGAAUGCUGGGAUUCCUCAGAAAUUUAUCAGGGUGUCCUCACUGAGGAAAUUCAGUAAUGGUGGGCAAACUUUCCUGAAGAAUAGCUUGCCUACUAUUACGCUUCACUCAAGAUGUUCAUAAUGGGUACAUUUAGAGGGCAGAAUCAGUUCAGUUAGGGCAAACUGAAGCCUUACAUGCCCAUGCCCUCUGUGAGCUGAACAUACCACAAAAUUCUUACCAGCAUGCUGAUGUUCCAUGCAUACGAAUGUAUUGUGGUUUCUCAUUAGACAAGUUGAUAAGGGAAGGGUUUCUGAGAACAAAGAGUUUGAAAAUCAUCGGCUUAGGAUACUUGCAAUGCCAAUGAAGGAGAACCUCCAGUAAACCAAUCAAAAUAGUUUGUGCAGGGAUGUUCAGAAUGCAAGCUUCCAUAACAAUCAGCCUCUCCUGUAGGAUACUUUUCGAGCAACAACAGAGUGUUUCAUGAAAUUCUGUUUGUAUAGUUUGGUCCUCGUGUACAUUGAUUGUUGUUCAAAACUGUAAGUUUCCCACAGAAAAGAGCUGGUCAGCAACAGUGCCUAGAUGCCAGAGCCAGCUUGCUUAUUUGGCUGGGCUAGCUACCUGAUUGCCUGCCUUCUAAGGGAUAGAAUGUUCUGAGAAGCCAGAGGGUGGACAACUGCCAGUAUUCAUCUCUAUUCUAGGAAUAGGCUGGAAACAAAAAAAAAUUAGCCCUUUAAAAAUAUUUGCAAUUAUGAAGUAGUCAGAGUCUGGCCUUUUUACAUUUUACAAUGGUGUUACUAGUGAGUGUAGUUCUCCAUUCUGUGAUAGGGAAAUGACAUUUCCACUUCAGUGUCUUAACCUUGCAAAUACAAAACAGGUUUCUUACUCUUUUUAAAUACUCAGUGUGGACUAAACAGAAGUGCGUUUUCUAUUUUCAAUUAUUUAUUGUGGGUCUUAUUAUUAAGGAGAGAUAGAAUGACACACUUGUUUUAUAGACUUUGUGUAUACAAGACAACCAAGAACAGCUGGCCUGGCAGUGCCCACAUCUAUCUCCCAGUCUGAUAUAGACCUGAUUCAGAUGGUCCAGGAAAAGUUAACAGCUCAGUAUGGCUAUCAUGUACAUUAGACCCUGUUGCUCACUUCAGAUUUCUAGAUGGAGACAUGCUAAGCUAUUUGAUAAGCCUUCUUCUAAGUAUUUAUUAUUUCAUGGGUUUUUAAUCACUAUAUUUGCUUCCUUAUGUUACCUAAUAAAGAUGGAUUUCAUGUGAUAAUCACCACAUGCCAUAUUCACCCCGGGGCACAAAACCUUUAGCACCAUCAUGUGAACCUUGACCAUAACAUAACAAGUUUCCCUACCUUCUUACAUGACUCUGGUGUUUGCCAACCAGAAUAAAACUUGGCUCAGAAUUCACAAGAUGAAUGAUCCUGAACGAUAAACCUAGAAAGGGUUAGGAGAUUUGCCACAGUUAUGCCAAUCUGUUUUGCGACUACAAUGUGAGCCUUGGUUCUUACUGUAGUACUAGGGAUUAGUUUUGGUCUAAUUUUCAGUGUUUGAAUUCAAACAUAACAUCUGUUGAUGGACAUCUGCUGCUUUUGUUGGGUCACAAUUAUAUUGUUCAGCCAACAAAGUCAAUUUAACAACUGCACACUGGAUUUGCUUUCUGUAAGAAUGCAUUGAAAAUCUCUUAUGUAGUCAUGGUGAGCUUUAAAGAUAAGCUCCAUAAAUACUUGGCAGGAAAGUCAUACAACGUGAAUGUGUUAUACCUCCGUUCUGAACACAUUUGUUUGAAAGUAAGAUUUCAGUCUAAUUUUAAAUUAAUUAUGCUUAGAUUUGCAGGCUUCCACACAUCAUAUUCUUGCCUGCACACCAAGUUAAAUAUCAGAUUGUCCCUCUGUGGGCUGCACAGUACAUUACAUGUCAGACAAAUUGGGUUGCAAUGCACAUUGAGUUCCACAGUGGGCAAAUAUGGCCUCGUAGGGCUAUUUAUACAUGUGAAAAUGGUGCUGGAGGGAAGACUGAAGCCCCCACCUUCAUGUCGCACUCCUUAGUCAAAUCAAGCCCUGAUGUCACAUCACAUCUGUCUUCAAAAAGAAUGCAGUUGGAUCAGGGAAUUGUGCCACCACAGCUUGUGUCGUAGGUAUUGUCUAGUUCAGACCUAUGAGUGGAACUUUUGGGCAAAGGAUAUUUUUGUUAUAUGAAUGCAGGUUUAUAGCAAAGUUGCAUUUUAAUAAGUUGGUCUCAGAAUGUUGUGAUCUGAAUAGAGCAAAGGAGAAGGGAAGACCCUUUCCUUCGCUUCUUCCAGACUGUAAGUUUCCAAACGUAUUUACCCUUGCAAGAGAAAUUACAUUUUCUUUCAGGGCCCAUUCCUUUUUCUUUAGCAGUGUGAUUACUGUUAGUAGCCAUACUGCAAGGCAUAUGGAAAUCCAGAAGUUAUAUUUCUGGAGUAAAUGGCAUGGCUACCACUAAUACCAGUGCUACUGUCACUCACAGGAUGGCAUAGGAAAAAUUCCCUCCCAGCCCCUCAGAGUUCAGCUCCUUUCAGAAUAUCCGCAGCAGCCAAGAGAGCCAACUUUUUCCAGAGACUUAGUGGGGUUUGCAAAGGUAACCCAACCUUCCUACUGUGCUUCCUUCACCACUCACCCCUGUCCUCUUGGACACGUUGGAUACCCACUCCCCAUUUAUCUGUUCUCCUCAAACACCCUCUUAGUAACAGGGGAACACCAAACCAGGCAAAACUGGUAAUAUUAAGACUAACGCCAUCUUAAUUUCUUUAACAGACAAAAACUUUAUUCACUACUGAGAAAUCAACACACCUUGAGUGUAGUUGUGCAGGCUACACAGUUGGCUUAGCCUUACAGUCUCUAAGAAAACAGAUAGCUUCUUAAUCUAAAUUUAGAACACUUACCUGACAUUGGUAUCUCUUUCCCCACUUGGGUGGAGGAAAUGGGUUUAUGCAUACUGAUAAAAGCUUCUAGAUGUCUCUGUGUGUGUGUUUAUGUCACACACACACAUAUACACAUACACAGUAGUCAGCUUUUAACCCUCUCCUUUCCAGUUGCCUCAGAGAUGGCAAGAUAAUCUAAGUUUCCUGGACCAACCAACUUGAGUCCUGCAUCAGUGGGUAGCACCCAAGAUAUGAACAUACACUGAUCUGAUUGCUUGUGACAUCAUCCAGACUGGUUGCCUCAAAAUUCUGCACAUUCCAGUGAUCCAUCUCCACAUUCACACACAGACACCGCUUCCUUGAUGGCUGAGUCAUCUGGCUGGUUUUGUGACUGGAGGCUCCACAGCAUGGGGAAUAUUUUUCUAUCAUGAUUUUGGGGCUCAUGCUUUAUUCAUAACAGUUAUAGCUCCAAAUAUUGCAGAGAUUUAGGCAUAUUUGAACCAAUUCAUAUGUAUGGGCAGUAGUACCCCUAAUUGUUUGUUGGACAUCAGCCAAGUACAUAUUCGUGAAAUAUAACACAAAUACUCAUCCACAGAUGUUUGCAACAUUGUACGCAAAGCCGGUAUAAUCUCCUUCCUUUUCUCAUGAGGCCAAAGAUGAUGCAAAUGUGCCUGGCAUAUUGUGAAUUCCAUGUCAACACAGAAGCACAGUCAAAAACAAAGAGAGUCAUUGAUGUCUCUAGAGAACACUGUUGUCGAAAGGAAGCUGUGCCUCAGUGAUAGGAAGGCAUUUUAAGAGAUUCCGUUACAAGAGUCAAAUAACUUCAUAAUAAAUACAGAGCUGUCUGUUGGAAAAUGCUAUUUUACCUACCUCAAAUUAAGGGGGGGGAUAAGAAAUUGGAUCGCUUGGGAGUGUCAAAAUAUCAUUAAACAUUUUCUUAGCAGUUUGCAACAUAAACUGCUUCAUUUUAUACAUGUGAAAAUGCAUUAUUUUGAAAACAAUUUGUCUCGUAGAAUAUAUUGGCAUUUUCUGUUGGAGUAGGGAAGGAUUGCUAGAAGCAUUACUGCUAUGAGAAGAAAGAAAUGUGCUAAGAAAGAAAUAGCCUUUUUUCAAUCCCAUAACCUGGCUUUGUACUAAGGCUGUAGAAAGUCUGACUUCUCUCUGUGAUACACCUCUGAAGAUGUCAGCCACAGAUGCAGGUGAAACAUUAGGAACAAGAUCUACCAGACCAUGGCCGCACAGCCCGGAAAACCCACAACAACCUGUGUACCAUCGCAUUAACAUGAGAUAGGGUGGUAAUCAAGUUGCCAUUUGCCUCAUCUGGAUAGAGCUGAUGGGAUUCAUGGUGCAAUAGGCCCAGCAGUUGUACUUCCUGAGCCAUGCGUGGCUCUCACACUUUAUUUUUCAACUUGUUAUUUACAUUAGUUAUAGCUUACCUUUUUCACUGGGACUCAAGGUGAAUUACAGAGAGUUAAUCAAAUCAACAGGUUGGGAUAUUCAGUACACAAUGAAAUGGAAUUUGAGUUGUAGAUCCAACCAGAGCUUAAAAAACAGAACUAAAGCAAAGCAUAUGUCACACAUUAAAUGUUGCAAAAAUUACACAAUGGCCCCUUCCGUACAUGCAGAAUCAUUCACAUUCAGUCUACUUUUGCAAUUGUUUGAAAGUGGAUUUCGCUAUUUCUCACAAUAAAAUCCAGCUGCAUAGUGCAUUGAAAGUGCAUUAUUUUGCAUGUGCGGAAGGGACCAAUGAUCCAACACAAAGCAAACUAUAUUCAGUAGUGGACACCAUUGGCCCCAAUAAUUUAUCCAAGGAACUUUAUGAAACCCUGUGUAACAAUACUACCCUAGUGCCUGCAAGGAGAAAAGCACUCUCGAAUAGUUCAGUUUUGCAUAGUUUGUGGAAGGCCCAGAGUGUGGAAGCCUUCCUGACCUCCUCAGGCAGGCCAUUUCAGAAGGUGGGGACCAUAACAGAGAAGGCAUGCGUACAAGCAACUGUUGACUUGGCCUGUUGACCUUCAGAAAGCCUUGCUCAGAUGAGUGAAGCUGUCAUGGUGGAGCAUAGAAGGAGAUAUUAUGAAGGAGCAUAGAAGGAGACAGGUAUGAAGGUCCAGAGCUUUGUGUGUGAUAGGUGCAGAGGUGGAGCUACCAUGGGGACAUCUGGGGCAGCUCACCUCAGGUGCCACCAUUGCAGUCAU